CUGCCUGUGUGGAACUAUGAUGGAAGCUCAACUUAUCAAGCUGAAGGCAGCAAUUCUGAUGUUUACCUACACCCUGUUGCUGUGUACAGAGAUCCAUUCCGUGGAGGCUCAAACAAGCUGGUCCUUUGUGAUACCUACAAGUAUGACAAUACCCCAACAGCAAGCAACAAGAGGAAGACUUGCCUUGAAGCCAUGACCCAAGCAACAGAGCACAAGCCAUGGUUUGGCAUAGAGCAAGAAUACACUUUGCUGGAUGGUGACAAGCAUCCAUUUGGAUGGCCAAAGAAUGGGUUUCCUGGACCCCAGGGGCCUUAUUAUUGUGGUGUUGGGGCUGACAAGGUCUAUGGAAGAGAUGUUGUUGAGGCACACUACAGGGCUUGUUUGUAUGCUGGGGUCAACAUUUCUGGCUCCAAUGCUGAAGUCAUGCCAGCUCAGUGGGAAUUCCAGGUUGGCCCUUGCGAAGGGAUCAAGAUGGGGGAUGAAAUGUGGAUAGCCAGGGCAAUUGAAGCUGCAAUUGACAAAUUGUCAUUGAGGCAUGAGACUCACAUCCGAGCAUAUGAUCCCAAGGAAGGCAAAGACAAUGCAAGGAGACUUACUGGAAGGCAUGAAACAUCCAGUAUUCAUGAUUUCUCAGCUGGAGUUGCCAAUCGCGGAGCCAGCAUCCGAAUUCCGCGAAACGUAGCUGCUGAUCAAUGCGGAUAUUUGGAGGACAGGCGUCCGUCUUCCAAUUGCGAUCCAUACGCAGUCACUGAAAUCAUUCCAAGAGACACCAUGAACCGGCUCCUAAACAUUUCUCUCCUUUCACGCAUUUCUCUGAUUUUCACUGGUUUAUACUGUCUCUACAAUUUCGGGGAAACUCCGGAAAGAUUCAUUCCUUCUUCAUCCACUGCGAUUUCUACAGAAAAUUCAGCUUCAACUAAUCCUCGUGACAUUUCCUAUCCUACAAAACCCGGCGCCGAAGACAACAGAUCACCGCCGCAGUUUUACAUCCAAGCGUGGUUCUUCAUAAACUUUUUGGUCGGAAUCGCGGCUUCAUCCGUUCACGGAUCUAAUGAUGCCAAUUUAUAUUUUUAUCCUUUGUUGUAUUCCAAAUGGGUCAUCAGUGGGAUUGGGCUUCCGUUUCUGGUGGCACAGUUUCUGACGAGCUACGGGUUGCACGGGUUCGCUUGGACUUUCCUGGUUGGAAUCUCACCACCGCUGCUUUUCUAUCAGGCACCGAAGUACUACCGAUUUGUGGACCAGUACAACGACGCAGUUGUGGUGGCUUCGUUGUACACCUUGGCUCUCUUGUGCAUUUUCGUCGGCAACGGAAGCUUGCUGUUGGCAACUCUGCUCCUCGCAAUCGCGAUCAUCGGCGUUGAUUCUCACAGUUUCCCUCAGGACACCAAACACUUCUUGGCACUUAACGCGGCUAAUUUCCUGUUGCUCCGAGCAAUGAACCAUGCUUCUUGACUCAAGAUAAAGAAAUAACUCUACUCAAUCAGUCUAUACAAUGAUAAGAUGAAGUUUUGAAGGAGACUCAAUUCUGGUUUUCUAACGAGGCUGCAUUGUUUAAGGGUGUAAAGGCGAUGAUUCACUUCGGAUACCUUUUGAUUAAAAUUGGUAUCGAAAAUACAAGCUGACUCUCUCCACAACGAUUUUGUCCAGAUAACGAAUUAUGGCAUUUGAUCCCAAAGGGGUUCUACUUACAACAAAAUUCUUCCCACAACGAAUUUCUUUUGGUCCUCUGAAUUUUGUCGCAGAAAAGAGGCACAUGUUUAUGGAUUGACAAGAAUACUCUCUGAAGUUUUCAAGGCAGUGCUGCGAAAAAACAGCUUUUAGAAGUUGCAAUUCAAUAUCUGAUCAUGAAAAGGGAUGGUCAAUCAAAUACAUUAGACGGG